AUGGACACGGAGGCCACCAUCCGACGGCUGGGAAGCCCCCAGCGUGGCCGCGCCUCGAGCGUAGACCUGCCGGUCUCCUUCCGAGGUGGCUCGUCGAGCAACAGAGCUCGAGAGCGCGCUUCGAAGACGGUUGCCAUGGCUUCGUCUUCGCCUCCUGCGUCGCCGCAGGAGCGACACGCAACUGGCUGCCGGAUGGUGGAGAUGGAGCUCGGCGCGGCGCGGGCCCUGGCGCACCUCGCAGGACUAGCGGGGGGCGGCGACGGCGACGGGAGUAGGUCCAGAGAGAGGAGCACAAGCGAGUCGCCUGUUAGAGCUCAGCAAAAGAGCUUCCAUGGCGGUCGGGAGAGUUCAGCUUUAGGAGAUCCAUGUUCGACCGCUGGUUGCGAUGGUGGCCACACUGCUUCAGGCAAUGGAGCGGAAUACAGAGCACACACCGAGUUCCCCAGCAGUCAGCCUUCACUUCCUGGUAGGAGAUGUAAACAGAAUUUGACAGAGGCUGAGAAGGAAGAAAGGAGAUUGCGCAGGGUGUUAGCUAACAGGGAGUCUGCGAGGCAGACCAUCCGUCGGCGUCAGGCUCUCCGGGAGGAGUUGACCAGAAAAGUUGCUUACUUGUCCCUGGAGAAUGACAAUAUGAGGAUGCAAAAGGAUGUGGCCAUGAAAGAGUACCUUUCACUCAAGGACACAAAUGAACAACUGAAGGAGCAGAUUGCCAUGACAGUGAGGUCUGGGACGGAGAGCAGUGGGACUGCUGCAGGCAAAGAGAUGGAGUCAUCAACAUGUUCUCCCGGGUUCUCCAUGCACAAGCCUUUGACUUGUGCCGACACCAUAGGUUUCUUCGAGCACAGUGGAUCAGUGCGGCCUCUUUACGUGCCACCCUGUGUGUGGUACUAUCCAUCGCACCAUGAAGUUUCUCAUCCAUUUGGAGACCAAGAUGUUGCUGCAUCCAGGGACAAUGAAGCGAGAGUCUCUGUUCAUGGCAGGGACGAGAAGGAUCAAUGCUUGAUAGCAAGAGUUGGGAACGAAAAGGAAGAUGCACUCGUCACCAAAAGAACCCACAAAGAUGAGAUGACGGUCAAGAUGCCACGAUCCACGUCAAAAGAGAAAUCUGAGCUGCAGCGUGAUGAAGGUUUGCCAGAGAAGCUGCAGGCUCGCUCUCCUGGCGAAUCGUCGAGCACAUCAUCGGCUGCAGCUGCGGCGGCGGCGACGGAGGCAAGGAAGAGGAGGAAGCAACUCACGAAGUUGAAGCACAGCCAUGGAAGCUGGGCUGGGAAGCACGGUUGAACAAGUUGCUUCUAAUCUCAGCUACUGAUGCCAGUUUUCCGUCUUCUUCCUCUGUAGGCAUGAAGUUGAUGCGUGUCCAACUCGUGCUGCUCGUUGCAGUGAUGAUUGGAGUUCUUUUGCUGUCGCCUUCAAACAAAGCAUUAGA